AUGAAGCUUUGCCUGUCGUUUUUACUUUUCUCCUCUCAAGCCUUCAUGGCUUGCUCAAUAGCAAUCAGAGACGAACGGAAGGUGACCAAAAAGGAGGGCAUAUCCUUUGAAGGGAACAAGACUGAGACACCAUCCUUCCUUUCGACAUUCUACGAAGAACUAGUAGAAGAAAAUGAGGCUCAUGGAAUGGCGUAUUUUCUGGAGAGUUUCCAAGCACAAUGUAAGCUAUUCUUAUUUAACUGCAACGAGUAAGUUUUCGUUUAUUGUUAAGUCAACAUUGGCAGGACGUUAUGGGCUCCUGACAUUGGUAAUAUCUGGGACAUAAAACAGAGCUUCCAAUAACGCGAAGUUUAUCUCUAAUGGUCGAUCUUCUUUGCACGAAACAUUUCAGCAGUUUCAUUAAAGGAGCUGUCACGAAAUUCAGUCAAAUUAGGAAAUUAAAAAUGCCCGUUAAAUUAAGAGAAACAUAAAAAUAACCGCUUAAAACGUUAAAGGAAGGUUAAAAUAAGAUAACAGAAACAACAGAUGUUACGGAUGGGCAAAACUGAAGAAGAUUGAAACGGAUUGAAAUUAGGAUUUUUGAAAUCUGUUCAGCCUAACAGUUUUUCAAAGUUGAUCUCUGCUGCUUGCAAGUUCAAAAAUAAUGCUCAGGAGACAUAUUUGUUUGUCUCGGGACUCUGAUUUUGUCAUUUACAUGGCCAUAGAUGAUUUUCUUGUUAAUACACAGAAACGUUCAUUAGUUGAAGCAGCGUCGAUACCCAAGUUUAUUUUCUCUAGGAUAGCGCAUUUUGUCAAGCAUUGCAGCUACUAAGGUUGGUCCAUAAUCAAAAGAAGGAAAAAACUGUUUGUGGCCCAGUUCAGUGAAAAUUUGAAAGUUUAGCGAUUGCUAGCAUUACUGAGAAAAUGAUGAAAGACGGAAUUGGAAACAGCAUCAAUUUCCUUUGUAGGGAAUCAAGAAACAGACGAGUUUUUGCUGCCGCCACAUGUCAAAGCACAAGUAGGAACUAUUCGCAAAGCAGAGAUUUUCCUCUCAACCCACGAGUUACGAGCCAACAAGAAGCUGACGGUGUCCAUCCACGAAACACGACCAGGUGUGAAAAUGUCUUUCCCACAACUGUCUUCGCAUCAGUCAGGCUGGUUGUCUCUUCUUGUGACCAAGAUUGUUAAACGGUGGAUCGUCCGUAAAGAUGCACCGUUGAGGUUCAAGGUUUUUGUCAAAACAAGUGGUGGAUUUGCAACCGCAAUCACAGAUGAUGUGGAAAUUCCCAAGGUUUGGCUGGUUGUCUACAGCGAAGCCCAGCAGGGACAAGCCUUUCCUUAUUUGGCUCUCAAUCUGAAGACUAGCGGAUCCUCUGUUAGUAGAAUGAGACGCGACAAUUCACCCUCAAAGAUGGCCGCCAGCGAGAAGCCCUGCGGAAAGGAAGACAUGGUCAUAGAAUCAUUCGAAUUCGGUAAAACAGCGAAGGUCAUUUAUCCCAGAUCCUUUAACGCAUACCAGUGUUCCGGAAACUGCUCCAGCAACACUGGAAAGGCAAGAUUCAUCAAUCACUCUAUCCUAAAGGCGUUCGUGACGCAGAAAAACGGGAUCAAAGGCAAAGAUGGGUCGUGCUGCAUUCCUUCCAAGCUGAAGCCGAUAACCUUGAUUCUGGUCACUGACAAAAACGGCUACUUGAUAAAAACUAUUAGGGAUAUCGUUGUGGAGGAGUGCGCAUGUUAUUAA